AUGGACGCCAUUGAGGAGUGCAGCAGGGGCAGCAGCCAUGGGCGGCGGCAGCAGCAGCAGCAGCUGAUGCUUGGUUCGAGGAUACUGGUCGGCGUGCCCAACAACUCCCGCGGGUGCUCCGAGCUGCUGUCGUGGGCGAUCAGGGUCGUCGCCAAGCCCAACGAUUCCGUCGUCGCCGUCCAUGUCCUUGGAGGGAGGGGGAGGAAGAACAGGCUCCAGAAGGCGAACGCCUUCGUCAUCUACAUGCUCGGGGAGCUGGUGGAGACAUGCGAGGCUAAGCAGGUCAAUUUGGAGGCCAAGGUGAUCUGCAGCUCAAGCAUUCCAAGAGCCCUGGCCCGGGAAGCUGAACAGACUGAUGCAAAGUUUCUAGUCGUCGGAAGAUCAAGGAGUAAAUAUCACAGGAAUCACUUUGAGGUUGCAAAUUACUGCUUCAUGCACGCUCCGAACAACUGUUCGGUGAUCGCGGUCGGAAGGGAAGGCCUGGCGCAGACCCAGAGUAGCAACCGGCUCAAGUCUCAGUCGUUUGACGAACCUGAAACUGCAGGCAGCAGCAACAUCUCCUCAAGUUCAACAUGGAGCAGAACAUUAACAAAACUGCUUCGAUCAAGCUCGGUACGCAAGCAGGCAGACGGCGACGAGGAAGACAAGAGCUCGCCGAGGGCGGUUCUUGAUGGACCAGAGGGAGGGGAAAAUGUGCAGGCCACUGAAGAGUGCUACAGCAGCACAUAUAGCAAUGACACGAUGAGCCGGCGUGGCCACAGUGGCAUAUGGAGACGGCUGUCGGACAUGAAGCUCUGGCUUCCGUUCCUACGAACCGUCGACGACGAAGGCGCGAAAGGCGGCGACGUCGGCUCAACGUUCUCUGAAGAUCAGAAACCUGCCUGGAAGUGCUACAGUUACCAAGAGAUUUCAGUUGCUACAGACGACUUCAGCCCAGACAAUAUAGUGGGGAGAGGGGGCUAUGCAGAAGUGUACAAGGGCGUACUGUCUGACGGCCAAUGCAUAGCCGUGAAGAGGCUGGCCAAGGGCAAGCCCAGUGAGCAGAAGGAGAAGGAGUUCCUGUCGGAGCUAGGGAUCCAGGUGCAUGUCUGUCACCCGAACACGGCGGACCUGCUCGGAUGCUGCGUCGAGAACGGGCUCUACCUGGUGUUUGAGCUCUGCGCGAACGGGACGCUCGCAUCGGCGCUCCACGGGAAUAGUGGGAAGGUCCUUGAGUGGCCUCUGCGGCAGAAGAUCGCGGUCGGCGUCGCGAGGGGUUUGCAGUAUCUGCACAUGUUCUGUAGGCAUCGGAUCAUCCACCGCGACAUCAAGGCUGCUAAUAUCCUCCUCGGCGAUGAUUCUGAACCUCAGAUUUCUGACUUUGGGCUAGCAAAGUGGCUUCCAAAACAAUGGACUCAUCACUCCGUCGUACCCAUAGAGGGCACAUUUGGGUAUUUGGCGCCAGAAUACUUCAUGCAUGGCAUCGUUGAUGAAAAGACAGAUAUAUUUGCCUUCGGAGUUCUUCUGCUAGAGAUCGUCACCGGAAGGCGGCCCAUCGACUGCUCCAAGCAAAGUCUUCUUCAGUGGGCAAAGCCACUUCUGGAGGCCGGGCAAGCGAUCGAGCUUGCAGACCCUGAACUCGGCGAUGACUAUGACAAGGACCAGCUGAAGAGGAUGGUCACCGUCGCGUCACGCUGCAUCAUCCGGCCGGCAAUGUGGCGGCCAUCGAUGUCCGAGGUGUUGCACUUGCUGUCUACCAACGAUGAGUGCUUGGAGGAGCCUGAGAAAUGGAACAUUCCGGAGGAUGAGGUCAACGACAUGGAUGAUUGCACGUUAUUUUCUGAAUCUUGCUCUCUGUGA